UAAUAGGUUUAUCGAAGAUGGGGGUCAAAGAACAGAUCACCAUUUCCUUUACACGAGUCACAUGCAGUCCCUAAAGUCCGGACAAAAAUUAUAUGCAUCGGUGGAGGAGAUGCAACAACUGCACGAAAUCAGGUGGAUAGACGUGAAAUAUCUGAAAAAAGCAGUUGACAUACUUUGUCGGUGUCAACAGACGCUUAUGUAUACUGACGUAUUUGCAUACUAUUUGAAACGGAAUAAUCAAUCUGUUAUAUUUAAAUUUAACCAACAAUAUUUAGAACGAGAGACUAAACUUUUAAGCGAAUACCUCAAGAGAGCCAUAUCACAAAAAGAUCUGUUAAUAGACGAGACACAGAUUCAGGAUAGUGCAAGAUUCUGCGAUCGUUUGAGAAUAACUUUGGUAAAUCACGUUUACGAGGGUUAUGAAAAGGAUUGGUGGCUUUUUAGCGAAUAAAUUGCAAAGUUUCAGUGUUCAGGAAGGUGUUUUAUUUUAAAUAAGUUCAUUAGUUUUAUAUAUUAUUUAUACUUUAUUCUUUAAAAAUAGGAAAUAAAUUUUUUU